AUGUCAGAGUUCCUCAAUUACAAAGUUAAUCUAACAUUGAGGGAUGGUACGAUUUCAACUGGUACUAUAACGAAUGUUGACAGCUCUAUUAUAGCCCUUGAGAAUGCGUAUCAGUCGUCAAAUCCUGAGUUUAAUAUCUCGAAUUUAAGAGUCGAUAGCUCCCAAAUUGCAGAUCUAAAAGUUAUUCAGCUUCCCCCUGAUUUGCUCAGGACCUUGAAAAACAGGCAGCUGAAAAACCAAGGGCCCAAUGCCUCGAAUAAAGAGCCACUGGCGGUCUUAGAUGAUGCUAUUGUGUUCGCCCUGGGUUCCUUGCCUACGACUUCAAAUGGCGCAUAUGAUAGUCUGAGAAAUACCCCAAGAAGCAAAUUCAAUCAUUCAUCUACUGAAUCGACAGAUUGGAGUAAUAAUGGAGAUGUUCAAGACAUUAAAUCGUCUGAUUUCGAUUUUGCUGCCAAUCUAGCAAUGUUCGAUAAAAAGUCAGUUUUUGCAGAUUUCCAAAAAGAAGACAACGUCAGCCCUGAAAAUAGGCUAGUUGGUCAUAAUAAAAGCAGCAAAAAUAUCAAGACUCCAGACUCCAGAAAGGAGAAGUACGAUAACGAUGAAAUGGUUUUGGAUUCUGAAAAAGUAGAUAAUUGGGAUAAUAUUGGGAAUGAAGUUAAUAUAAAUAUCGAUAAGGGAAGACCGAAUCCAAAAUCAACAGCAUCUUAUAAAGAAAGUGGAUUAUCUAAGUCCGUAAAGCUUUUAAGGUCUGAUACCGCUAACCCUAUUCCCCUAUGUUCACCUGUUCAACUUCUUGAAAUAGAAAGAUUGUCAUCAGAAGCAUACGGAAUGACUCCGGGAAUAAUGACGGAAGUUUGUGCUUCAAACUUGUCCCAAUUAAUAAAUAGAAGUAUAUUGGGAGGGUCAACGAGGCUAAGCAAUAAAAAAAAUCAUAACUUACCACCUUUGGUUUUACUAUUAAUUGGAAGUGGUAGAUGUGGCUCGAGGGCGCUUGCUACAGGGCGUCAUCUAAGUAAUCAUGGCAUUAGAGUUCUAGCAUUUGCGGUUAAUAAUGAAGACAAUGACUCUGAAUUAUCCCACCAAUGGAAUCUAUUUGAGAAAUGUGGUGGUAAAAGUGUUUUGUCGAAUGUUGAUGAAUUAAUGGAUAUUUUAAAUAAUCAGCUUGAUACCCCCGUUGAGCUUAUUUUAGACGCCUUACAGGGAUACGAUAAUCAUUUGGAAGACAUAUUUUAUGAAGCUGAAGACCAGAAGACCUUGAGAAGACUUGUUCAGUGGUGUAACGAGUCCAGACAGAGAUCAAAAGUAAUGUCCUUAGAUAUACCGUCUGGAAUUGAUGGUGGCUCUGGAACAACCCUUGAUGAGUCACUCACUAUGUCAUGUAAGUGGUGUGUUUCUAUGGGUCUUCCUAUUGCAGGCUUAGUACAUGCUUAUAAGAAUGGAAAUUUACUGGAUGAUAUCGUACAUUAUUUGGUUGAUGUCGGUAUACCCAAUAAAGUAUACAGCAGUAAAGGCAAUUUAAGAAAAUUCGAUAAAGUUUGGUUCAUUGCAGAAUCAAGCAUAAAGCUUGACGUUUAUGAUGACUGA